GCAAAACCGCCAAUGGUAGGAUCUGGCAUCUCUAUUAAUUAUACCAUCAGUCGUACGAUUCUAUCGGAUGCUGUGAACCUCGUCCGUAAUGAUCGUUUCAACACGGACGAUUUUAAUCCGCAUAACUUGACCAAUUGGGGUUUCAAUGACAUACAGUCUGAUCCGAAAAUUUCUGAAGGAAAUCUCCUAUAUAGGCUCCUUUUACGUAAUACUCAAGGAUGUUAUAAGCCGAAUUCCGUCUAUGCAAUGUUCCCAUUCGUAAUCCCUUCCGUAACCAAAAAAUAUCUUGAAGAAAAAGGAACCGUUGAUCAAUAUGACUUUAGCAAGCCGGCUGUUCUCGAACAACAACAACAAAUGACCCGUGUUGUGCGCAGUUACCGUGCGUGUCGCGAAAUCCUUUCAAACAAGGAUGCCUUUAACGUGGUCUAUGACCCAAAGAUGAAAUUUAUUACGCGUGAUGUCGGGUACUUCCUUGGUUUCGAUGAAAAUGAACCUCAUGAUCGAGAUCGAACUCGUUUGGAGAAGGCGUUUUAUCCUGAGGACCAAGACAAGUUUUUCUCGGGCAUCAAACAAUUCUACUUGAAAACCACGCAAGACCUUAUUGAUAAAAAGAAGAUUUCGUUCGAUGGAAAAAUUAACCAGAUUAAUGUGGUCCGCGAUGUUUGCAAUCUAGCACCCGUACACUUUGUAUCAGAAUACUUUGGUGUUCCUUUGAAAACUCAAGAAUCACCUCGCGGCGUUUAUACUGAACAAGAAGUUUAUUACCAACUCACUAUUAUAUUUAUGUAUAUCUUCGUCGAUUCUGAUCCCGUAGAUAGUUUUAAUCUCUCACUAACCGCCCAGAAAACCUCGGAGCAUCUGCAUGAUAUCAUGCAAAAAAUUGUCGAAAUAGUUAGCGGAGAUUCAACAUUAAUUCAAAAAGCCGCCGAUUCUCUUAUUGGUGCUGAUGUAAAGGUUUCCCCUCAAGCCGAACAGUUGAUUAAAAUUUUAAUGAAACAAUACAAAGACUCAAACUUAGCCACUUGGAAUAUCAUCGGUACAAUUUCCGGUGCUGUCGCAACACAAGGUGAAGCGGCGUCUUUGGUUGUUGAUUUCUACUUGCGUCCAGAAAACAAGUCACAUUUGGAAGAGAUUCGAAGAUUAGCCGACAAGACUGACGAAGAGUCAGAUAACUUGAUGCUUGGAUACGUUCUUGAAGCGUUACGGUUUAAUCCUAGCAUUCCUGGUCUCUUCCGUCGUGCUACCGAAUCUAUCAGCGUUGAUAACGGAUCCGAGAAAUUCAACAAAGAUGAAAUAAUCUUCCUUUCAUUGGGUUCCGCUCAUAUGGAUCCCACAGCUUUCCCCGAGCCAGAAAAGAUUAACCCGCGUCGUCCAACUGAUUCAUAUUUAACUUUUGGACUUGGUUUCCAUAGAUGUUUUGCGAAACAAGUCAACUUUAUUGCCCUACCGUCAAUGGUCAGGACCAUUCUAAAACUUAAAAAUCUUCAGCGCGUUUCUGGCAGAGCUGGACAGAUCAAUCAAAUAAAAGAAACUGCAACUGAUUAUGUUACUUCUCGAGGCACCAUUUUCACAUUCCCAACUGAUAUGGUUCUUCAGUAUUCAGACUGA